CUUCUCAUAAUCAUGGCUUCUUAUAUUAGUUCUUGUUCACCCUUAACUGCUCUAGCCAUAGUUUUCUUCUCCAUUUACCUUUCCACCUUUUCCCAAGUUGAAGCUGGUCAUGGUAAUGGUGGGUUCAGUGUUGAUUUUAUCCACAGGGAUUCAAUGCUCUCUCCAUCUUACAACCCAUCGGUGACUCAUUUCGAGCGUUUGCAGAAUGCCUUCCGUCGAUCGGUGUCCCGUGUCAAUUAUUUCAAGCAGUCCUUAAUCUCCCCAUCUGAAAUUUCAACACCGGUUUCCCCUACCGGUGGAGCAUAUCUCAUGGAAAUUUCAUUUGGUACUCCACCAGUGAAGGCCUUUGCAAUUGCUGAUACAGGUAGUGAUCUUAUAUGGAUACAAUGCAAGCCUUGCCAAAGCUGUUACAAACAAAAUGCUCCUUUAUUUGAUCCUAGCAAAUCAUCAACCUAUCAAAACGUAUCAUGCAAAUCACAACAAUGUGAUUCGCUAGGUGUACAACGUAGGGCAUGUUCAUCUGAAGGUUCUUGUCGGUACUCUUAUAGUUAUGGAGACCAAUCAUUCACUAAUGGUUAUCUUGCUACUGAGACAUUCACAUUGGGUUCCACUACUAGGAAGUCAGUCUCCAUACCAAAAAAACUUUUUGGUUGUGGACACAAAAAUGGAGGCACCUUUAAUGAGGAAGAAGGUGGUUUAGUUGGCCUUGGAGGUGGUCCUCUAUCACUGACUUCACAGCUGAAAUCAUCUAUUGGUGCUAAGUUCUCUUACUGCUUGGUUCCUUUAUUUUCUAAUGCCACAAGUAAAUUGAAUUUUGGUAGUGAUGCUGUGGUCUCCGGUAAUGGUGUUGUUUCGACUCCGUUAGUGUCGAAAAAUCCGGAUACUUUCUACUAUGUUACCCUUGAAGGAAUUAGUGUUGGAAAUAAGAGAUUGGCAUAUAAGAAGAAGUACUCAAGGAAGGCUGCUGCUGUUGAUGAGGGAAACAUUAUCCUUGAUUCGGGAACAACAUUGACAUUUCUUCCUACUGAUUUCUAUGAUGGUCUUGAAUCGGAAGUGAAGAAAUCAAUUAAUGCUGAAACUGUUACUGAUCCUGAAGGGCAAUUUAGCUUAUGCUACAGUGCUAAUACUGAUAUCAAUGUUUCAAUCAUUGCCCAUUUUACUGGUGCUGAUGUGAAGUUGACUACCCUGAAUGCUUUUAUUCAGAUAAGUGAUGAACUUGUUUGCUUUGCUUUUGUCCCUGAACGAGGUGAUAUAGGUAUUGCUAUCUUUGGGAAUAUAGCUCAAAUGAAUUUCUUGGUUGGCCAUGAUCUUGAAGCAAGGAAGGUCUACUUCAAGCCAACUGACUGCUCCAAGCAAUAGUUUCUUGAGUUGAAGAUUAGAUUGAUAUGAACUCUCUGUUUAUAAUAAUAAUAUUGUCAUUAUCUUUC